CUACCAGCCCACCAUACACACACCAAACAUGAAGGCCUUUGUUGUGUUCGCCUGUCUGGCAGUGGCGACGGCACGCGCCGGAAUCGCACAUGGACCUGGCAUUGCUCUCGCUGGAGGUCAUGGCGGCAUUGGUCUUGGAGGCGUAGGUCUGGGAGGAGUCGGCCUGGGAGGAGUCGGUCUGGUAGGCGGAGGUGCUAGUCUCUCCGGUGGUCUUGCAGCGGGUGCUGGUAGCGCGAGAUCCCUUCAAGAGGGAGCGUCCAGCUUGGGAUCCUCUGCUCUCGGUGCCAGCUACGCCGCUGGAUCCGCGGCGGCGGCUGGAGCUGCCGGUGUUCAACAAAUCGUCUCCGGUGGCGUAAUCGGAGGCAGGGCUGACAUUGGACCCGCUGAAGGACCCAAGGCUAACGUUGGACCCCAGAGCGGACCAUCCGACAGCGUUGGACCUCAAGAAGGUGCCAAGAACGUCGGUGGACCACGUACCGGCCCAGCUGGUCUCGUAGGACCCGCAACUGGUCCAUUCACCUCCGUGGGUGCCUCUGCUGGUACCUCCACCCUCAUUGGACCAUCCCAGGGUGCCGCCAACUUGGUAGGACCAUCUGUGGGAGUCGUAUCCUUCUAUGCUGGUAGCGGUAACAUCAACGGUGACGACGGAAGCUCUGGCUCUGCUGCCGCUGCUGCGCCAGGCGCAGGUCUCGGUGGUCUCGGUCUCGGUGGUGCUGGUGCCAUCGCUGUUGUCGGUGGUGGUGCCGGAAUCGGUGCUGGUAUCGGCGGACACGACGGUGGUGUUGCUGUGAUCAACGGACCGUCUGGCGCCAUCCACGCUGGACUCGGCUCUCACGGAGCUAUCAUCCCCGGGGCACUCGGCAAGUACUAGACGUUCUAAGGCCCCAGCGAUCUCGGCUCGGCGACGGCGGCAAACCCACCACAGUCACUUACCGGUCUCAAACGAUCCUCAAACGCGCUCAACGUCUUCUUCCCAAAGCUUCGUCCAACCUCGGAACAUGGUUAUAGCGCCGGCGUUAGUGGUGUAGUCGGUAUAUAGUCAGAAUAUUCUAAUCACAAGUCCAGUCGGUAUAUAUCGAGACACGGUGAAGCGCGAGUCGAAAGCCCGGCACACGCCCGGCACCUGCCAUCGACGAUCACGGGUUUAGAUCUCGGCAAAGUGCACACCGUGGCCCCGGCCAUUCGUGAUCCGCGGCUCUCGUCUUCGUUCUCAACCCCGUUUCGUCGGCCACGCGACUCGUGCCCGAUCAUCAGACGCGGGGCACGGGUAAAAUUUAGUCAAUUUCUUCUUUCAUCAAAACCGCGUACGCGACAGAGGAAGUCGGACGAAGCCGUGAUUGCCAGCCACGGUUGCAACGGCACGCGACGUGGACAUCUCGCUCGCGAUCUACACGAUGAGCCUGUAUCGAACGAUCGGCAACGCACCGAGCCGCGUCCAUGUUUUCCAUUGACAACCACCCGAACCCGCGCCAGAACCCACGAGAGUCAACGCGAGCACGUUGAACCCGGCUGCUCCGCCAUGGACCCAGCAAGUGGACAAGCUUUGGCGCUUCGUCGUUGGACCAACUGGGUCUGUUCUGUUUUCUGAACACCCACCGUUGCUCCGGCAGUACUCUCUUUUUUUUCUCUCUUACGUCUUCCACCAUCCGUAAGGCCGCCGCUCUUCACACAUAUUUACUACUCUGUCUUUUUUUUC